AGCAUUAAUCUGGUUUGGAAAUUUCGAUGUAUUAGUUUCCAUUUCGUUUUAAAAGUAACUUUAAUAUUCAAAAAGGCCUAGACUUAUUUUAUGUUUGACGUUCUGUCAGACUUAGUAGGCUGGUCGGCACGCUUGUUAUUGUUAUAACAGAGGAGUCAUUCUUCAUAUUCUAUCUGUAAUUAAUGCGAAAUGUACUUGAAUUGUUAAUUUCUCCUGGAAAAUUCUUUGGCCUGUUUUUAACUGCUUUGUCUUAUAAAUAGAUUUGGAGUAUGUGUACUUGGGCUAAGCGUGCUCAAUUUCCAAGUCGUCCUUUAGAUACUUAAAACACUUAAUGGUAAUGACGUGUGGUGUCCGCCGAUCAUCAAACCGUUCACAUUGACAAUAUUUCCCAUGUGCUAUAAUCACAAAGAACAAGCUUCGUGCCGGAUUUUUUAACUGUUUCUUCUAUACUCAAGUUUAUUUCUAAAAAGAGUUUGAUCUCAAAGCAAGUUGAUCCAUUACCACGUUGAACACCAAGUGAGUCGAUCAAUUACCACGUUGAAAUCAAAACGGGUUGAUCCAUUACCACGUUGAACUCCAAGUGAGUUGAUCCAUCACCACGUUGAACUCCAAGUGAGUUGAUCCAUUACCACGUUGAACUCGAAGCAAGUCCACUUUAAGAAAUGCAUUAUUUAACCAGCCAGCUUUUAACUUGUAUUUCUUAUGCAAUGAUCCUAUUGCUGGGUCGCUUUAGUGAGACCAACUCUAGUGCUACACCAACGGCUCGUUUCAAUGAUUCAAUGAAUAUUCUUAUCGAAAAAAAGACACCACAGACAAACACAUCGGCACCACAGACCAACAAUCCGGCACCACAGGCCAACACUUUGACACCGCAGACCAACACUCCGACACCACAGACCAACACUCCGGCACCACAGACCAACACUCCGACACCACAGACCAACACUCCGACACCACAGACCAACACUCCGGCAGCACAGACCAACACUCCGACACCAAUUACCAGCGAUUUGGAACCAGCAGAAGACCCCGAGGUGAUUCAGUGGCUAGAGGUUAUGUCCUGGUCUUCUGAUGAGUGCAAGCAGGCUGUCAGGGAGAGAUAUGCCACGACAGAGUUUUCAGAAUUAAACUGUGGCUCCAUCUACCUCUUCAACAUUCACGCUGCUGACUAUUUCAAUUGUGCCGAGGAUGAAAAAUGCCAGAUGUUAAAGCACUUUUGUAAGAAAUCUCCGGAGGCACAGGAUUUAUUAAUCAGAAAUGAAAUACAAAAGUGCUCUGGAAAACCUCAAUCUAAAUCAUAGAGUAACCUAACGUUUGCAUAUAUCAUUCAACAUUUUUGUUUUUCAAAUUUUAUUUUAUUUUGUAUGUAGAAUUUAAAAAUAUUUUUUUUUAUUGUUUUGCAAUUUGUUUUCAAAUUGUGUGUAAAUUUUGAGUAGUGCAGUAUCAAAUUCUGUAGCUCCGUGAUGACUUAUGAACACUAUACUGAAUUUGUCUCAUAUCAAAGUAUCAUGCCUUGUUGUUUUUUUCUCAGCAUUUUGUUCAAGACAAUCUUAACAAAACUAAAUGUAACUUUGCUUUUCAUUUGUUCUUUAAUAUGUGAGCGAUUAUAGAGGCGGGAACUGAUGUGUGGGCAACAUCGUUCCGGCCAUAAAUUAUGCCCAGGCUUUAAACUCGAUUUCUACGAGAUGUCGAGAUGAAUCACAGUCGUUCUGGGCUGAAAGAGGUCAACAUUGUGACGUAUUAAUUGAAGACUUAGCCCAUGUGACAUUAUAAUUAUUUUUUUUAUAACCAGGCUUUGGCAAGAAUGAUUGAGAAGUCUAAGGGGAAUGAAUCGUUUAUUUCUUAUUUCAUGCUUUAUAUUGAAUGUAUAGUUCAUGGCGAGGGAACUCGUGUAAAAUAUUUUCCACGUAUAGUUUAUAAUGAGUCUUUAGAAAAUAGUCAUUGCAUUGUUUAUUGUGAAAGUAUAGCUUAUAAAGAAUGUACAGUUUAUGUUGAGCUGUUUAAAACAUGUAUUGUGUAAAGACGGUUGUCUGAUGCUUGUUGAAAUAUGUUAAUGUUGACAAAUGUUACUGUCAUUUAAAGACGGCUUUUAAUCAAAUAAAACAACUCAAAGCAG